UAGGCUGGCUUCAAACUUUCAGUCUUCUUGCCUCAGCCUCCUGAGUCUCUGGGAUUACAGGUGUGUGUCACCACACCAGGCUUACUGACUUACAGUAACAAUUUAGYCUCACAUGUAAGUAUAAAUACAUGGUUAGCUCCGGGAAGGUAGAGUCCACUGAGGUGCCAUGCAUGGCCCCCAGUGUUCACUGGCCAAUCAUUGCUGCUGCUGCUGAUAGUGAGUUCUCCUAGUAUCUUUCAAAUGAACUAAAAUGAUAGAGACUGGGGCUGGAGGUGUAUCUCAGUGAUUAGAGUGCCUGCCUAACAUGUGGGAGGCCUUGGGUUCAAUCUCCAGCACUGGAAACAAACGAGGAUAAAGACUGGAUUCACACAUUACCUUUUAGGAACACAUUACAGGUACUGUGUAAAACGAGGCUCACCUUUGUAAAUUAUAGGUCAUCUCAAAAAGACACCCUUUCCCUUCUCAAGCUGCCAACCAAGCUGAAGGUUUUCUUCCUCUCUGUGAUGCUGGCCACAAAUCUGUUCCUCCAUUCACUCUCCUCCCCAUGGGGAUCCCUUGACCCUUGGAGGGGUGGGAAGGAGGGACAGGAUGAGCCUUUUCCUACUUAGUCUCUGCAGACUCUCCGAAGACCCCUCCAGACUUGACCAGCUGCCGCUCUCCCCAAUCUGCAGCACCUGCACCAUCCUGUCCCACCUUUGGGGGUAGCUCAAAUGUCUUUAACCUUUGAAGAGGCUGCUUGGGGAAUCUAUUUUUGCUGGUGCCCUCAGGAGCCCUCAGGGCAUAACUAGAUCAUUCUAGCAGAGACCCUUUCAAGAUCCUCCCAAGAGGAUGAAGAGAGGGGAGCUCUUUGACUACCUCACUGAGAAGGUCACCUUGAGUGAGAAAGAAACCAGAAAGAUCAUGAGAGCCCUGCUGGAAGUGAUCAGUGCCUUGCACAAGCUCAACAUCGUACACCGGGACCUGAAGCCUGAGAACAUUCUCUUGGAUGACAACAUGAAUAUCAAGCUCACGGACUUUGGCUUUUCCUGUCAGCUGCAGCCGGGAGAGAAGCUGAGAGAGGUCUGUGGGACCCCCAGUUACUUGGCCCCCGAAAUCAUUGAGUGCUCCAUGAACGAUGACCAUCCAGGCUAUGGGAAGGAGGUGGACAUGUGGAGCACAGGGGUCAUCAUGUACACCCUGCUGGCUGGCUCCCCACCCUUCUGGCACCGGAAGCAGAUGCUGAUGCUGAGGAUGAUCAUGAGUGGCAACUACCAGUUUGGCUCCCCGGAAUGGGAUGAUUACUCAGACACCGUGAAGGACCUGGUAUCCCGCUUCUUGGUAGUGCAGCCCCAGAACCGCUGCACUGCGGAGGAGGCCUUGGCACACCCUUUCUUCCAGCAGUACGUGGUGGAAGAGGUGCGGCACUUCAGCCCUCGUGGCAAGUUCAAGGUCAUCGCGCUAACCGUGCUGGCUGCAGUGAGGAUCUACUACCAGUACCGCCGCGUGAAACCGGUAACCCGGGAGAUCGUCAUCCGCGACCCGUAUGCGCUGAGGCCGCUGCGCCGCCUCAUCGAUGCCUACGCUUUCCGCAUCUAUGGCCACUGGGUGAAGAAGGGUCAGCAGCAGAACAGGGCCGCGCUCUUCGAGAACACACCCAAGGCCGUGCUCCUCUCGCUGGCCGAGGAAGACUACUGA